AUGCUGCGCAGACCGCCUACGAGUGUGUCGGUGCAGGAGUCGGAUGUGGAGACGCUCAAGGCGUACCGGCGCGCCAAGAUGAUGCAGCACAAUCCGAACCUGUCCACCUCGUCCUUUUCGUCGCUCAGGCCCGACGGCUCAGCCUCGAUCAACGACCACCAGCCACACCACCACCAUCCGUCGACGCUGCAGGGAGGCCAGGACGAGUCGGACGACAUGGACGAUCCGGGCACACAGCCCGGUCUGUCGCAGCAGGAGAAUCACAAUCCCAACCAGCCCAGCAACGCCACGGCCACCAAUACCUGA